UUAAUGAUCUAUGCAUUAAUGUGGCUCUCGUUGGCGAUGACAAUGGAGGCCAUAGAUGCCCCACUGCCGCUUUCGCUGGCGGAGUUGCCGCUGGAACAUGGCAAACACCAUUACCAGGAAACUGGUGGCGAAUCGUUGCCGGGAUUAGCAGGAUAUACGCGAAAUUAUUAUGGCACCACUGACACUGCAAGGACCGAUGACUUGGCAGCAUAUGGAAAUUAUGCUCACAAGCUCCUGGCCACCCUGCAGCAUCAUCCUCUCCACGAGAAUACCCAUUCCAGUGGCGGCUCCCUGGGAACCACCGCGAAUGGCUUUGUGCCCUUCUACUACAACAGCCAACUGCACUCGCAACUCACCGAGAACGAGGAUGAGCCGCGUCGCAACCCAUCGGCCAAUAUCGAUUUUGUCAUUAAUGCGGCAAAUUAUGAGCCAAAUACCGCUGGCUAUGAGCACGAUUCUCGCCAGCACUUCGACAGCUAUGCAUAUCGUCCGCGGGUGCAGUUUCCCACGUCGCCUCCCAGUCAUUACCAUUUCGAGCAAAUUUCCAAUUAUCGCGACAACCGACAGCAGCAGCAGCAGGAGCAUCAGGAACAGGACGCGGAGCUGGAUAAUUCCCGCAUCUAUGAGCGACUCAAAGAGCUGCAAAAAUUGGCCAAUCCAGUUAAGCGGCAGCAGGAGCAGUCCUUAUCCAGUCACCAUCAAAGUCAGGAGUUGCCAGCAAGACACCAACCCCAAAAUCAACAAUUGGAAACUAGGCAACAUCAGCAAUUGGAGGGUAGACAGCUGCAACAUUUGCCAUACCAACAGCAACACUUGCAGCAGCAACAGCAAUCGCACCAGCAACAUCCUCAGGAUCAUAGUCAACACCAGCGAUUGGGAGUUGCCCAGGAUCAGCAGUUGUUGUACUCCCACAAGGUUAGCCAAAUUGCCGAUUUGCCAGGCAUAACCACCAGUGUCCACCACACUCCGGAUAGCAGAAAAGCAGUCGCUGGAGUGCCACUGGCCAAACACAUCGAGAUCGCCAAGAAUGUGCCAGUUACACAUUACCAAAAACAACACAUUCCCUAUAAGCAGACCGUCCAAGUGCAAGUGCCUCGUACAGUGAUCGCUGCCAUACCCAAGCCACUGCCCAUCAAAAUACCGGUGGCCCAAACCGUGGCGGUUCCCCAGAUGCAAGAGGUCAAAAUUCCCAUCGAACGGGUGAGGCCUGUGCCCGUGGAGCGACCCAUUCCCUUUGUGGUGGAGCGCAGGGUUCCCUACCGAGUGGAGAAGCCCGUGGUCUCGCCAGUUUACUAUCCGUAUCCGGUGAAAGUGCCAGUGGUGCGCACGGUGGUGCACAAACAGCGACCCCACUACGUUGCACCCGGAUGGAGUGCCACCAACAACCACCUGCUGGGCUAA